GUGAACAAAAAAUAAACGCAGUUAAACCCACAACUUCUCUGCAAAACAUCCAGCAUCACAUUUUCACUCACAAAUGGAAAAUCCCUGGUUACUAUUAGCCCUACUUUCCGCUCUUGCAAUAGCCUUCAUCUCAAAGAUAGUAUUCAAAACUGAUCAAAAACUCGGGCCGCCCGGUCCAAAACCAUGGCCUAUAAUAGGCAAUCUGAACCUUCUUGGCUCAAUCCCACAUCAAUCCCUCCACCAUUUAUCCCAAAAAUACGGCGAAAUAAUGUUACUAAAGUUGGGAAAAUUUCCAGUGGUGGUGGCAUCAUCACCCAAGAUGGCCGAGCAGUUCCUCAAGGUGCACGAUGCAGCCUUCGCGUCGAGGCCUCCCGCACUUGCCGCCGGCAAGCACAUCAGCUACGACAACUCUGACGUGUCCUUCUCUCCCUACGGCCCAUACUGGCGAGAAGCGCGUAAAAUAUUGAUGUCGGAGCUCUUGGGCACCAAAAAACUGGACCAGUUUGAGCAAAUUCGCGUUGAGGCGAGGCGUUCUUUCUUCUCACGUCUCAAAGCCCUGUCGGGGAAGCCGGUUGUGCUCAGAGAGCAUCUAUCGCGUUACAUUAUGUCGACAAUUUGUAGGAUGGUUAUGACGAAUGAAUAUGUUGGCGAUAGCUCGAUUAUAGAUGAUGGUGGCAUGGCGGAGAUGAUGCGCGACUGGUUUGUGCUCACUGGAGUGUUCAAUAUCGGGGACUGGAUACCGUGGCUCGGUCCUCUUGAUCUGCAGGGCUACGUUAGGAGAAUGAAGGCUUUCCGCAAGAAAUCAGACAGUUUUUUUGGGUAUGUGAUUGAUGAUCACAUAGCUAGAAGAAGAGACGGCUCCGACAAAGAUUUUGUUGAUGCCUUGCUAGAUUUAGCUGAGGAUCCUAAUGCUCAACUUCAUCUCACAAGGGACUCUCUCAAGUCAUUGAUAAUGAACGUUGUACUUGGCGGCCCAGACACCUCAAUCACAACAGUGGAAUGGGCCUUACACGAAAUGUUCAGACAACCGCGCAUAUUUGAGAGAGCGAGGGCAGAGCUGGAUGCAGUGAUCGGCAGGGAUAGAUGGGUGGAGGAGAAUGACUUCACUCAGUUGCCGUACGUUGAUGCCAUCAUCAUGGAGACGUUCCGCUUGCAUCCAAUUGCUACGUUUUUAGCUCCCCAUUACGCGAUUCAGGAUUGCAACGUUGCAGGAUACAACAUAUCAAAAGGGACGAGCAUCCUCAUAAAUACAUGGAGCAUAGGCAGGGAUCCCAACACUUGGGAUGCGGCUGAGGAAUUCCUGCCGGAGAGGUUUAUGGGGAAACAGACCGAUAUGACCGGAGGUAACUUUGCGCUAUUGCCGUUUGGGUCGGGCAGGAGGAUAUGCCCGGCAUACAACCUCGGCCUUAAGAUUGUUCGAACAACGUUGGCUAAUCUGUUGCAUGGAUUUGAGGUAGAAUUGGAGGAGGGCAUGAGGGGCGAGGAUGUAAGCUUAGAGGAACAGUACGGACUCGCCACAAAUCCAAAACACCCUGUUUCUAUCAUUGUGAAACCUACACUUCCUGCCCAUCUAUACUAAAUUAGUUUCUCAGUAAUUGCUAAAUAUUUUCAUCAAUAAUUCAAGAUGAUAUAUAUGGAUAUCUUGUGUUUGUGUGUACACAUAUAUAUGUGAAUUAUAUUGAUGAUAUAUGAAUGGCCCAGAUUUGGUGAAA